UUCUAUGCGAUUGACGGUGCCGGACGCGCAGCUGCCUUCUGCGGCAAUAAAUUAUUAACUAUAUAUACGUAGCAUAUAUAAAAUACGAUACGAUACUUUUAAGUAAUUGUGCAAUUCGUCGUCGGGAAAGUUGCAAGAUUUACCGUUAAAAAAAAUAUUUUAAAAAAAGUUGAAAGAGGUCACGUCGAAAGUCGUAAAAUUCUUGCCAAGCAAAAGUGUGGCGAAUAAUUUUGAUAAUAGAAAACAAACAAAAAAAGCUUGAAAGCGAGAUGAGGAAGGCGUCAUUGUUCCUGCUGCCCCUUGUUGUUGCCAUCGCAGUUGUGACGUCACAGCGCACUUCUUUGGAUGUGGCUUUGCGAAAUGCGUAUCGUCCACUGAGGCUUCUCGGUUUGGCCAUCUCUGGACGCUCUGGGGAUCAGGUGGAAAAUGUGCAGCGCUUAAAAGAUGCGGGCAAAACACAAAACUUGGGCGCUCGCACGCGUUCCUUGGUGCAGUUCUGCGAUGCGGAACACGGACCUGGACGACGCAGUGAUCAGCGUCCAACGAGCGUGCAUCGUUUGCGUCCCGGUGACAUUGACAUCAUUGGCGCCAUGGGUGAUUCACUGACAGCUGGAAAUGGCAUCUUUGCCUCCAACUUGGCGCAUGUCACUGUCGAGAAUCGUGGUGCAUCUUGGUCCAUUGGUGGACAGUACAAUUGGCGCAAGUAUUUGACUUUGCCCAACAUACUCAAGGAGUUCAAUCCCGAUCUCUACGGCUACUCCCUGAAAGAUGGCCUCUCCACGGAGCGUUCUUCACGUUUCAAUGUCGCCGAACUCGCGGCCAUGUCUAGAGAUAUGCCUUAUAUGGCCAAGGUGCUGGUGAAACGUCUGCAGCGGGAUCCGCAUGUGAAUAUGACACACGAUUGGAAGCUGAUUACUUUGUUCAUUGGCAACAAUGACUUUUGCACCGACAUCUGUUUCUAUCCCAAGCCCGAGGUGACCAUCGCGAAUCACGAGAAGAACAUGCUCCAGACCUAUCGCUAUCUGCGUGAUCAUGUGCCGCGUUUGAUGAUCAAUGUGGCGCCAGUUCCUAAUUUGCGUUUUCUGACGAAUCUUUCGGGUUUGCCUCCUAUUUGUUAUAGCACUUUGCGCUUCGAGUGUCCCUGUUUGUUGGGAAAGUCGAAGGCGCAUUUGGAUUACUAUGAGGACAUCAUGAAACGCUGGAUUGCCAAGGACUAUGAGAUCAUCAAUCUGCCGGAGUUUAAUACCGAGACCUUCACCAUCAAUGCCCAGCCUUUCUCGCAAUUCAAGGACUUUCCUCGCACUCAGACGGGCGAGACGGAUACGCGUUUCUUCUCCGAGGAUUGCUUCCACCUCAGUCAGCGUGGACACGCCGCUGCCGCGAAUGCCAUGUGGAACAAUAUGCUGGAGUUGCCCGGGGAGAAGAGUUCCUUCAAUCCGCAGAUCUUCGAGAAGUUUCUCUGUCCGAGCGAGCAGCAUCCAUAUCUGAUCACUCGGAUCAAUAGUCGCGCCGAUUUCGUUGUUUAAGUUGCGCCAAAAAUCGAAUGCCUUAUUAUCUAACACUCUCUGUGAUAUCUUUGCUAAGUCCAAGUCUCUAUCUUAUUCGCAUGUUUGUCAUUUUCAUUCACGCUUUGAUAAAUAUAAACACAUAGAUAAGUAUCGAAAAACUUCACUUCAC